AAAACAUGGACGGCCAAAGGAGAUAUAUGUUGGAAUAAUAACGUGUUGGGAUGUUAUGGCAGUUGGGGAACUAAUAUUCUAAAUGUAUCACAACUAAGCAACAGUAGUUUCUGGUUUCUGAAUGAACACUCCUGAAUUGGUCUCCAGUUUCCCUACGAUUAAUUGAUCAACUUCUCGACCGGCCGCCUUCUUCAGUUUUGUAAACUAAUGUGUCGUUUGUGUGGCCAUUCUUGUCCGUGGAAUAUUCUUCUUCUUCUUCUUCUUCUUCUACUCUUUGAAUAACACAGAAUAGACCAUCUUCUUCGAUCUGCCACUUGGAACCCUCCCCAACGGGGUGUUGUCUACUACAUAUCGUAUUAACGGUCUACUAUGCAAACUAAAUUAUUUAUGUACUUGUAUAAAAGAUUGGUGAUGUAAUAGGUCGCUAUUUCGUUACACUCACUUUUUUGGUGCAUUCAAUGCAUUAAAUUCUAAAAGUGGACACAAUAUUUUGAAUUUUAAUUGGUAGCAUUAGUCGAAUAUGAUGAUAUAACAUAUAAUUACAACUAAUCAAUCCAUUACUCUAACCCUUUAACCUUCAGUUUUGAAUGUCAACCCAAAACCCCAAAUUGUAAACCUAAACCCUAAACCUAAAUUCCUAAAUCCGAAAUCAUUCAAAUUAAAGUAAAUCUUGAAAUAUUUUUGUACAAAUUCAUGUGUUUUCUUGUCCAUCAUUCCACAAGUGACGAUUGCCAUCAUUUUUACAUGAAUUGCCUGCUCAUGUUAAAGAUUAUGAGCGAGUGCAUAGAAUGCACACAAAAAAGUGACUACACUAAAAACAAAAGCGCAUAUAUAUUGUAUUCUAUAGUAAAUUGAGUAAAAUCAAAGGUACUACACACUUUUGAUAAGAAAAUGCUAUAUAGAACUCAAAUUAACAAGAAUUUGUCAUUUGAUACUAUACUCUAAUCCUUCAUGAGUGAACUCUUGUUCUUAAUUAUCCAAAUCAUAGAGUUUAAACACUAAGAUGGUGAAUAUAAUUUUUGGAUGUAUUUCGACGAAUUGUGACCGUCAAUCAUUGUUUCUAAAUAAAUGAUCUUAGUGUGAGAGAUUUAUAGAAUUAAAACCUAGAUUUUAAUCUUUAACAGUUAGGAUACAAUACCAUGUCCCAAACGCCGGUCAAUUCACAAUGUAGAUAUCAUUUUUCUAUUUAGGAUAUGUCUUACCUUUGAUUUUACUCAAGGUAUGAUAGAAUUUAUAUAUAUAUAUAAAUUCUAUCAUACCUAUAUAUAUAUAUAUAUAUGAUGACUACUUCGGUGCACUCACAAAAAUGAGUGUGUUCAAUGCACCCAACUCAAAAACUAGUCUUAAAGUGUCGGAUUUUGAAUUUUAAUUUAUUGAAUUAGUGUAAUAUGAUGAUAUAAUAUAUGAUAACAACUAAUUAGCGGAUUACCCUAAGUCCUAGACCUCCAAUUUUGAGUUCUAUCCCUAAAUCCCAAAUUGUAAACCCUAACGCUAAAUCUCUAAACUCUAAGUCCUUCAAUUUAAAGUAAAUAUUUAAUGUUUUUUGUGCAAAUUCAUGUGCGUUAUUGUUCAUCACAACAUAAGUGAUAAUUGACAUCAUUUUGACAUAAAGCGCAUGUUUAAAAUGACGGUUAUGAAGCGGAGUGCACUGAAUGCACAAAAAAAAAAGUGAGUGCACUAAAGACGUCACCAUAUAUAUAGCGAGUUCUACGGUACCCAGGGUGAAAUCUGGGGCACCACAUACCUUGAGUAUGAAAACGCUAUCCAGAACUUGAAUUGACUGAUCUUUCAGACAUGAUACUAUACUCUAACCCUUAAAAAUCAAAAUCUAGGUCUUAAUUCUCUAAAUCUUAUACCCAAGAUCAAUUUAAUUAGAAACAAUAAUCGACGGUUAUGAUUCGUCCAAAUAUAGGCAAAAAAAUCAAUGCACCAUCUUAGGGUUUAUAGUUUAUGAUUUAGAUAAUUAAGACAUAGGGUUCACUCAUUAAGGGUAAGGGUAUAAUAUCAUGCCCACAAAUCCUGCUAAUUCGAGGUCUAGAUAGCGUUUUCAUACUCAAGGUAUGCGGUACCCCGGAUUUCACCCAGGGUACCGUAGAAGGCACCAGACUGACAUACGUCAGCCAUAUACUAUACGCCAUGUACUACUAGUGAGAUAUCUCUAUCUAGACCAUGAAUUAAAUCGAGUUUGGGGUAUGAUACUAUACCCUAACCUCUAAUGGAUAAACCCCAUACACCGAUUUUCUAAACCCCAACCCGAAGUUUGAUUUAAUGAAACAAAAAAAAAGUUUAUUUGUUAUUUUCUUAGAAUGAUACUUCAUUUUAAUUGUUAAAGCCUGCAUCUUAAAUUGAUGAAUAAUAUAUCAUAUGUAACAAUCAUGAAUAUCAAGAUCAGUGAUCAGUAAGUAGAUGUUGAUUAGUAGAUCACUGUCAUUGAGCAUGAAAUAAAAAUCUCUGGGGACGAUUUAAUCAACAAAUUCAACGAAAGAAAUAGACUCGUCUCCUUAAGUUAUUACUUUACUUAAUAUAUAUAUUGUUUUUGGUUUUUAUUUAUUUUUGACUUGUAAUAGUGAAUUGAAUCAAUUAAUUUCAGAGUUCAAUUUGAUUUAUGAAAGACACUUCAAUGACUUCAUUGAAUGACCAAACAAAUCAUCAAACGAAGAGAAAUAUUUAUGGAAGAAAAAAUAACCCAACCAUACUCACAUAUGAACUGGUUUGACAAUUGGGUAACUGAUGACACAGGUUUAUCAUAUUCUUUUUUAGUAAACUAUUUUGAUGCAUUCUUAGUCAUUUCACUACACUACGACUACGGGUUUGACUCUCUAGUUGUUCAUCUAUGCAAUUUACAGCCUCCAAUAAUAUUUUGUACGGCUUCCAAGCUCGGGUACACUCGAGAAGGAGAGAAGGAAGGAUCGAUGACAGAAGAAAGCAACGAGUUACGAGUCAAACAAACUCGUGGCGGGUUCAGAUCGUCAUGGUCUGUACUCUGUAGAGAAGCCCAGAUGCUAUUUCACCCUUCAAGCCCAUAUUGAUAAGGAAGGUGAGGACAUGGGCUUGAUUUAUGAAAGACUCAAAGUUACAUACCUUGAUUUUUUUGUUUGGCAACCACAGGAAGGAGAAGGAGAGGACAACUCCAUCUCCAUAUCUUGAAGACGACGCACCAGCACAGUUUUAUCUUUAAUCUUGUGAUCAUGUGUGUUUCCUUCAAUAUAAGUGGUUAGAACUCCUUUGUUGAUUAGACUAGUGGAACUUAGCUUGGUUCUCGGAUUGCAUAUUGUGAUUUAAGUUAAAACGACGAACUGCUAAAGUUUUCUGCAAAAAUAAAUAUUUUUUUUCCCAUCGGUGAGUGGUGACUUUCCAAGAAGUUUCCUGGCAAUGGCAUCCAUGGUAGACGAGCAAUAGUGACACUGUGACAGAGAAACAGUGGAGAUGCAAGCUAUACUUGUUUGUUUCUCUGAAAUGGCUAAAACGAAUCUUACCCCGAAAAAACCCCUGAAACUGAAAUGGAACUUUUGCUGGAAACAGCAAUGGUCACUUCUUUCCUCCCGUCUUAACAUCUCGCUUCACACUUCUUGUUCCAAUCCCAGCUCUCUCUCUCUCGCUCUCUUCACUCUGUUUUCCUUUUCUCACUCAAAAACCACACCCUUCGGGAUGGCGGAGGAGGGCGGUGGGCGGGAGAUCCGGCCGAUCGUCGGAAACCCUUACUUCCACUUCGUCGUGACGGAAGGGGGAAAGAGAGCAGUGGUGGUCCCCAAGAAAAUCUCCGACCUGCUCCCCUGCUCCGCCGUGCAGGUCUCGGUGGCCUGCGGCGGGAAAUGGUGGCGGAUGACGUACCAGGGCAACUGGUACUUCAAGCGGAUUCAGGACGGCUGGCCCAAAUUCGUGGACGACAACCGCAUCCGCGUUGGCGACGCCUGCGUGUUUGAAGUGCUGGACCGCGGGAGCAGGGGAACCAAAGUCAAGUUCGCCGUUCAGAUUCUCAGGGGGAACGUCGCCGGCCGCGUUGGAGGGCGGCGGGCUUCCACGUCACGGGAGGUGCUUCCGGCGAUUGGCAACGGCCAAGGCACCGAUCCCAACGAUCCCAUCAUUCUGGGCUAGUUUGGGCCGCGUUAAAUCCAAUCUGUUCCUCUUUUUUUUUUUUUUUUUUUUCCUUUUCCACAACAAUGGCGGAAAUCCUUUUCCAAUUAGGAUUAGGUUAGGGUAAAUUAUGCGAGAAUGCAAAUCCUUGUAGGAUAAGGAUGCCGUUUGGCCGUGUUAACGAUUAUUCAUCCUAUAAAUAUGAUCGAACUCC